CGCGCCGCGCCUCUCCGCCGCCGCUGUAAGGUCGACAGUCGCCCGCGCCGCGCGCGACCCUUGCGCGACAACCGACACGUGUGUCGCGGAGUCUCGGCCUGGGUCGUUCAUCGCUGUCGUGGUGGUUGUCGUCGGGUUGCCGGAGUGGUGUCCUCGAGUUCUCCGGUGGUUCCAUGCUGAAGAACCUCUCCGCGGUGCACGACAGCGAGGACAGCUGGCGGGCGGGAGUCGCACCAUGGACCUGACGACGAGGCCUCGCCCGCCGGCGGACCCGGCCGCCGGCAAGACGCGCGCCGCCAAGUCCGUCUUCUCCAUCCGCAGCCUGGUGGACGUGCGUGACGACUCCGGCGGCGCUGAGCUGCCGGCCCCGUGCCCCGCUGUGGACGCUGCCCCGAUGCCAGCCCACGAGUGCGUCGAAGCGUGUCCGGAAGACGCGAGGCGGGUGUUGAGUGUGAGAGGAGACAUCUUCAACAAAACAAGUAGAGACGCGGCGGGCGCAGCCUCGGCCAUGGGCGUGUCCGAGGACGGCGGCGGGAAAGGGGCGGCGGCGGAGGACGUGGUGGUGGGGGCGGGCGACACGCCGCCCCCAGGCGCCGGGGGCGGAGGCGCCGGCAGCGAGGGAGAGGCGGACGAGUUCGCGCCCAAGCGCAAGCAGCGCCGCUACCGCACCACCUUCACCAGCUUCCAGCUGGAGGAGCUGGAGAAGGCCUUCUCCAGGACGCACUACCCCGACGUGUUCACCAGAGAAGAGCUGGCUAUGAAGAUUGGUUUAACGGAAGCGCGAAUUCAGGUGUGGUUCCAGAACCGGCGCGCCAAGUGGCGCAAGCAAGAGAAGGUGGGGCCGCAGGCGCACCCCUACAACCCCUACCUGGCCGCGGGGGCGGCGGCGCCCUCCGCCGUCGUGGCGCCCUCGCUGCCCAACCCCUUCGGCCCGCUCGGCUUCGCCAUGCGUAAGCCCUUCGACGGCGGCCUGGCGGCGGCGUUCCGCGCCGGCGGCUACCCGCACGUGGGCUACCUGGCGCCGCCCCCGGGCGCCUACCAGCACCGCGGCCCGCCGCCCCCCACCCUGCUGCCCCCCGGCCUGGGCGGCCCGCUGGCCUACAGCUCCAGCUUCCAGUCGCUGCUCGCCAACAUCUCGGCGGCGCAGCGGCCCAAGGCGCCCGGCCCGAGCGGCGAGGACUACCACCAGCACGCGGCGGCGCUGCUGGCCGCCACCGCCGCCCCCGCGUCGCCGCCCGCGCCCGCCCCCGAGCUCGACCGUCGCAGCUCCAGCAUCGCGGCGCUGCGCCUCAAGGCGCGCGAGCACGAGCUGCGGCUCGAGCUGCUGCGCAAGAACGGCGACCUGGUCAGCUGAGCGGCCACCGAGGUCAGCUGAGCGGCCACCGAGGUCAGCUGAGCGGCCACCGAGGUCAGCUGAGAGGCCACCGCGGUCAGCUGGAAGUCUUCAGUGCGGGUUUACAAACUACGCGAGGAACGCAACGUGGUAAUAGCGCACACGCAAACAAUGCAAAAAAAAAAAUCGCUGUCGGAUAUAAAGCUCGUAAGUUGUAAGACGUCACCAGGCCUACAACAUAAAAUUGUAAAACAGAGGAACUAAUUUCUUUCCCUGGAUUUUUUUGAUGAUUUAUAUUUGAAAAGAAAAAGCAAGAUUGUUAAUUAUUUGAUUUAAAAGUGUUAUUUUCUUUCAAUGGGGAAAUUUUAAGAUUAUAUAGUAAAAAUAACAUAGCGGGCUUAUAAGCAUGUAACAUCUGCGUCGUUAAAAUUUUCUGAACAUUUCUCUUCAGAAGUGGCCUCAAGCUAGAACGCAAGAAAGUUGGAAGUUGAACAAUACUUGUGUUGCGUUAUUGCGCCUUGUGUAGUUUAUAAAUAGGUACUUUACAAUGUGGUUGCUGAACAUCUUGCGUCUUGCGUUCUUGCGUUAUUGCGCAGUUUAUAAACCCGACCCUACUGCGCCCUCGCACUGCCGUGACCUGCUAGACGGAUCUCAACUAUUCCUGGAAGAAGUUGUCACGAACGAAGAGUGAGUAAGUCGGCUGUGUGAAAAGCUAAUGUCAAGCAGCUGUGGGUGGAUAGAAGAAUAAAAACUACAAACGAGAGAAAAUCAUUAAGUUGGCAAUACUUUACGCUAGCAUCUGCAGAGAUAUACUCAACGGAAAACAUCUUCUCCGAAGCUGAGUGACUGUACUGUUUUCAUCUUCUGCGACAGGGAAUUUUUUUAAAUAUACGUAUAUUAGUUUCCGCGUUCGUUAUCCGGAUUCCUCGUAAACUGUACUCGCCCAAUUAUUAUGAGAGAAAAUUUUUGUGAUAUAAAUGUUAGUGAGACUAUGUACUUACGCGUUACUUUUUAAAAGUGCUGCGGUGCUAUGGUUUUGUGAGUUUCUUUUUUAAUCGGUGAACAUGAAUUUAUGGUAAAUACUUAUUCCGUCCAUCAUGAUGUCCUAUUGUAACUGCUCAUGCGAGUUCAAUCUCUCUAGUUUUGUAAUUUAUUCUGGGAACUAAUGGGACAGAACUUACAAAACUAUGUUGUACGUACAAUUGUGUACACGAAAUAUGAUUAUGUUUACGUUUAUUGAAGUUGUUGCAAUCAUUAAAUGUUUUCCGCCAUAAAAGGGUUAGUCUCGCUCAGAAAUAAAGGUAUUAACAUGUGUGUGACCUUGGUUUUUUUAUGUAAUUGUUAUCUAUACCAAAUUAUUAUUUUUUAUGCAGAGUUACAUAGUUAUGUGGAAUGACCAAGCAUAAUAUUUCAGGUCCUGAAGCAGGAAAUUUUGUGUUCAAUAUAUAUGAUUGGCUACAAAAAUAAUUUUAACUACCAAGAAUAAAAAUUAAUUAAUCUUAGUUAACUUUUGAUUAUGUUUAUCUAAUGUUAAGUUAUAAGCUGGAGUAAUACAAGAAAGUUAACUUUUAACCAGAUAUAUUUUACGCUAAUAGAUGUUCCAAAAUAACUUUCUUUUUAAGCUAAGAAGGCUAUAAUAAAAAAAAUCGCUAUUGGCACAGCCUACAGGCGUAGGUAGAUUUCGAAGUACCUAUUUAUUCUGAAAAUAUUUGGAAACUUCUAUAAACGUCUUGAAGAUUAUAAGAACUUAAUGUACAUAACUUAUUUAUGUUCUCCAAUAUUACAAAAUGAUCGAUUAAAUAUUUGCCCAUUUUCCAUGCAGAGAAAAAUUACGAAUAUUUUAAACUCAAUAGUUUACAACGCAGCACUGAAUAGCCUAUUAAAUUUUAUAUUAUGUGGCAACUAAGGUAAUUAUUUAAUUUUAUUGACCUUUAAAAAUUAUUCUCAUCCUUUGCACUAAUCACCUGGUCGUAUAAAAAUUUCUUUGCACCAAGGUUUAAUAUAAUAUUAAGAUGGUUUAAAAUAAAUUCAAAGAAAUUCAUACUAAGAAAGUUUUGAAUUUUUUUAAAAUUUCAACCCUUUUCUUACGGUGAUAAUUCGUUUCAUCAUAAACUGUUCUUUUUUUUUUUUUUUUUAAAGAUUGAUGGCACACUGGCAAGUUUUGACAGUCACCAGUGUGCCAACAAUCUCCCCCCCUUAAAGUUGUAGUUUUAAGUCACCCCGAGUCAUUGUGGAAUGGUAGUGUUAAUUGAAGGUUGGUAUUAAGACAAUACAAAUUACACCCAUGUCUUACCCGGGAUUCGAACCCGGAGCCCCCGCACCGUAGCCCGGUGGGCCGUCGACUGCGCUACGGAGGCCGACUCAUGUUCCAGCCAAAGUUUUAGAUGAAGCUUAAAAUUCUUACAAUAUAUUAUAACGGAUAUGAUAGUAUAUCCAUUAAAAAAAAGGCAUGAUUAUUUACUUUCAAACCUUGUUAUUUCCACCCCUUGCAGUAAUGGUUGGAUAAAGUAAAAUUCUUUUAAAAAUAGUUUUAGUCAAUAUGAAGACAGUUAAACAAAAAUAAGAAUGGAUUUGAUAGUGUACCGGGUAGGGAAGUUUUAUUUAUGGUCUCAUUCCGACCCCAGGUUUUUUCAACCCUUUGCAAUAAUGGUUUGUACUAUCAAAAAGUGUUUAAGAUAAAAGUUUUAGAUACAAAUUAAAAGAUUUACAAACAUUUUGUACGGAUUUUAUAGUGUGUCUACUGAAGGUGAUAUGCGUUUUUUGUUAUUCAACCCCCUGUUUAUUCUACCCCUUACAGUCAUGGUAGGUCGUAUAAAAAUUAUUUUAGACAAAAUAUGUAGAUAACAAUUCAAGGUUUUACAAUAAAUUAUAAAUUAGAACGAAUUUAAUAGUGUUCGUGGUACGGAAAUUAUGAAUUUUUUAAAAUUCUUCUCUUGUUUUUUAAACCCCCUGCAGCAAUGGCUCAUUUGAUCAAAAAGUGUUUCAGACAAAAGUUUUAGCUAAAACUAAUAUUUACAAAUAAUUUGAAUGGAUUCGACUGUGUCCUUACUAAGGGAGUUUUUUUUCCUUCCAACCCUUGUUUUUUUCACCCCUUGCAGCAAUGGCUGGUCAUAUAAAAAAUUAUUUCUGACGAAAGUUGAGGAUAAUAUUUUUUGGAUUGACAUUAAAAAGGAAUGGAUUAAAUAGUGUUAAAGGAACGGAUUUUAUGAAUAUUUAAAAAAUUUCGAACAGUUAUACAAAACCCCUGCAGCAAUGGUUUUGUCUUAUCAAAACUUGUUUGUGAAAAAAGUUUUAGAUAAAAUUAUAAGAUUAAUACAAAAUUUGCACGAAUUAGAUGUUGUUCCUAUAAAUUGAGUUAUGAUAUUUUUGUCCUCCAACCCUUGUUUUUUCAAACCCUUGCAGUUAUGGUUGAUCGUACAAUAGGUAGUAUCUAUUUAUUUGAAAUCUACCUAAAACGUUAUUUUAAUGCCAGUUUGGAUAAUAUUCACCUGCACGAGUUCACUCAAAUAUAAACUCUUAAUAAUGAAAUAAAAAUUAUGAGUAAUUUAAUGAAUUAUUUAAACUAAUAAUGAUUGGUGGGCUAAUAAAACACUUGAUCCUAUGAAUAAAUUUGAAACUUUAAAAUAUAAUUAUCUAGCAUGCCUAACCCAACUACAUAGAACCUCAAGAAAGUGUUUGGUCUUUUCGUUCUAGCAAUACGCCAUUACAAAACAUCCCUUACAAUACGCAACUGAACCUAUGUUUAGAUUAUAGUAUAUUCCUAGGAGUGAGGAAAGUAAGACAAGUUUCUAUGUUGUACCAUGGCAUAAUUGAAAGUAUUUAAUAAACCAUGUAGAUUAACAAAAAUGAUUAAGUAAUUAUGUAAUCACUUUGAAAAAGGAAAUCAAUAAAAUGUGUUCUCUAAUAUGACUUAAUUAGUUAAUUUUAACGUAAUCUGAUCUUUUCCUUCAGACAGCUAGCAAUGUGAGCACUAUGUUUACAUACGAAAAUAAUAACAAAAAUUGUUUUGAAAAAGUUGGUUCACAAAAUGAAAUAUUAUGAAAUUAUUUUUGAUAAUUUCUUGGUCAUUAUAUUAAUAUCUUUACACAUCCAGUGAAUAAAAAACGUUUCACGAAUAAACUCUGUGUAUAUUUGUACCUAUGGUUGUCAUGUUUUAUGACUUAUA